CUCAUUCCCUGGCCGCUCCUGGGCUUCGCGGAAAGAAGAGAUUACUCACACUCCUUCUCAAGCACUGAACCCAGUUGUACUGAGCUUUUUGCUAAGCUGUUUCAGCCAAGAAUGGCUGUGGAAUCUGUAGCGAUUUCAACCCUGAUACCGCAGGAUCCUCCAGAACAAGAACUAAUACUAGUGAAAGUAGAAGAUAACUUUUCCUGGGAUGAGAAAUUUAAGCAGAAUGGGAGUACUCAAUCCUGCCAAGAAUUGUUUCGUCAGCAGUUCAGAAAGUUUUGCUACCAGGAGACACCUGGGCCCCGGGAGGCUCUGAGCCAACUCCAAGAACUUUGCUAUCAGUGGCUAAUGCCAGAGUUGCACACAAAGGAGCAGAUCUUAGAACUGCUGGUACUGGAGCAGUUCCUGAGCAUUCUGCCUGAGGAGCUGCAGAUCUGGGUUCAGCAACAUAAUCCAAAAAGCGGCGAGGAAGCUGUGACCCUGUUGGAGGAUUUGGAGAGGGAGUUUGAUGACCCAGGGCAGCAGGUCCCAGCUAGUCCACAGGAACCAGCAGUGCCAUGGAAGGAUUUAACAUGUCUCAGAGCAUCCCAAGAGUCACCAAACAUCCACCUCCAGCCCUUAAAGACACAGCUGAAAUCCUGGAAACCGUGCCUUUCCCCUAAAAGUGAUUGUGAGAACAAUGAAACAGCAACAAAGGGCAUCUCAGAAGAAAAAUCACAGGGACUCCCUCAGGAACCUUCAUUUCGAGGAAUUAGUGAGCAUGAAAGCAAUUUAGUGUGGAAGCAAGGAAGUGCUACAGGGGAGAAACUAAGAUCUCCUUCCCAAGGGGGCAGUUUUAAUCAAGUGAUCUUCACAAACAAAUCUCUAGGAAAGAGAGACCUUUAUGAUGAGACUGACAGAUGCUUGAUUCUAACUACAGACUCUAUAAUGUGUCAGAAUGUUCCUCCAGAAGAGAGACCUUAUAGAUGUGAUGUAUGUGGGCACAGCUUCAAGCAGCAUUCCUCUCUAACACAACAUCAGAGAAUCCAUACUGGAGAGAAGCCCUAUAAAUGUAACCAGUGUGGGAAAGCCUUUAGUUUGAGGUCCUAUCUUAUUAUUCAUCAGAGAAUUCAUAGUGGUGAGAAAGCAUAUGAAUGUAGUGAAUGUGGGAAAGCUUUCAAUCAGAGCUCAGCCCUCAUUAGACAUCGGAAAAUCCAUACUGGUGAGAAGGCUUGUAAAUGUAAUGAGUGUGGCAAAGCAUUCAGUCAAAGUUCAUAUCUCAUUAUACAUCAAAGAAUUCACACUGGUGAGAAACCUUAUGAGUGUAAUGAGUGUGGGAAAACCUUUAGCCAGAGCUCAAAACUCAUUAGACAUCAGCGAAUUCACACAGGAGAGAGACCCUAUGAAUGCAAUGAAUGUGGAAAAGCUUUCAGGCAAAGCUCAGAGCUGAUUACUCAUCAGAGAAUACAUAGUGGAGAGAAACCCUAUGAAUGUAAUGAAUGUGGAAAAGCUUUCAGUUUGAGCUCAAACCUUAUCAGACAUCAGAGAAUUCAUAGUGGAGAGGAACCUUAUCAGUGUAAUGAAUGUGGCAAAACCUUCAAAAGGAGUUCAGCCCUUGUUCAGCAUCAGAGAAUUCAUUCUGGGGACGAAGCUUAUAUAUGUAAUGAAUGUGGGAAGGCAUUCAGGCACAGAUCAGUCCUUAUGCGCCAUCAGAGAGUCCACACUAUAAAGUAAUUUGUGAAUACUGUGAAUAGUGUAAAUACUUAAGUCAAAUUUUUAUGUUUGUUAGUCAAAAGAGUUUACUUUGGAGCAAAACUCCAUAAAGGUUAUAAAAUACUAGGUCUUGAGUCUAGCUUGCUUUGUUCAGUAUUUCCCAGUGCUAAAGUGUCCUUUGAAAGCUUUUCCUGUGACUAAUCAGAACAGAAUACAGAAGAAUCAUUACUUCCAGCUCUUAUUAGGAAUACUCAGGAAAUAUGAAAAAUGGGAAUGUAAUAUUGAAAUCUUAUUUUGUAUGAAAGUGUCAUGAAAAGAAUAUAGCAACCUAGGCUCUGUCACUGCAUCUGAUUGUUAGUGUACCAGGUUAUGGGGCUGGUGUGGACUGUGUGAGGCACUUUGUCUCAGGAACUAAAAAAAAAAAUUUACUGACCCAAUAAAGAACAGUGACAGAGCAGCAAGAAAGGUGGGGAAAUGGCUUCAUCAAUGAUUUGUUGAGCCCAGGGCAGGCCAGGAAUUAGAUAGGCGUGAGAAGAAAGAAUAUAAUUUACCCAAAGGUUAUUUUUUGAGUACCUACUUUAUCCCAGGGACUAGGAAUACAGUGGAAAAUAAGACUGUAAUCUCUAUAGUCUAAUGGGCAAGGCAGCCAAACAGGCAGUGAAAGUGGAAUGCUCCUAUGUGACCUUAAGGAGCCUCUGACUCAGCCUUGGAUAAGGAAAUGGGGGAAAUGGCCUGAAGGAUGAGGAGGAGUUAGCCAAGGUGGUACUCCAGAGAAGAAGAGUCCCAGUAAAGAACAGUAGCCAAAGGCCAGAAACAAAGUGUGGAGCAUUCCUUGAGUUCCUGAUGUAGUGAGGUCUUGUCAGAGAAGUCUGGGUCUGGCCAGACUCUUAAG